AUGUUCUUUAAAAAAAGAUUUAAUAACAAUAAUGAAGAUCUUGAAGAAGAAGAUGGAGAUUAUUAUCAAAUUAAUAAUAAUAAUCUUGAAGAAGAAGAUGGAGAUUAUUAUCAAAUUAAUAAUAAUAGUAGUAAUGAUAUGAUUGAAUCUCAAGAAAAUAGAAUGUCUAUAACAUAUUUAAUCUUAAAUAACGUUAACGAAGGAGGUGAAAUAUUGACAGCAACUAAUAAUAAUAAAUAUGAAAGCACUUU